AUGAGAGCGGACAGGUGGGCUAAGAGCAUGGGAAGGAUUUCAAGGUUUGGGAGAAGUGCUUCUUCCAAUAAGGAAAACCAACAACAACAACCUUGUAUUACCUGCACCACUUUUAACAUUCUCGCUCCCAUUUACAAGCGCAUCGAUGAGCAGGAUCCGAGUUUGCGGGAGAGCGAUUACAGAGCGUUUUGGUUGUCGAGGAAUCACAGGAUAUUGGAGUGGUUGUUGAAUGAGAUGUCUACCAUUAUUUGUCUUCAGGAAUUUUGGGUUGGAAAUGAAGAACUUGUUAGUUUGUAUGAGACGACCCUUGGCGACGCUGGUUAUGUCAGUUUCAAGCUUGGAAGGACUAACAACCGUGGGGACGGUCUUCUAAUAGCAGUGCAAAAGGAAUACUUUAAUAUUCUUAAUUACAAGGAGUUACACUUCAAUGACUUUGGAGAUCGUGUGGCUCAGUUGUUACACGUUGAACUAGCUUCUCCGUUUUCACAAUGGCCAAACAGUAAUAUUAGGCAGGAAAUUUUGAUUGUUAACACUCACCUGCUAUUUCCGCAUGAUUCAACUCUAUCCCUUGUUCGACUACAUCAGGUUUACAAGAUUCUUCAAUACGUAGAAUCUUAUCAGAAUGAUUUUCAACUCAAGCCAAUGCCAAUCAUGCUAUGCGGUGACUGGAAUGGAAGCAAACGUGGACAUGUCUACAAGUUUCUGAGGUCUCAGGGCUUUGUAUCUUCUUAUGAUACUGCACAUCAUUACACUGAUGCAGAUGCGCACAAGUGGGUUAGCCACCGCAAUCAUCGGGGAAAUAUAUGUGCUGUUGAUUUUAUUUGGCUUCUAAAUCCUGACAAAUAUCGAAAACUACUAAAAGCAAGUUGGAGUGAAGCAGUGUUUGGCAUGUUCAAGUAUCUGCUACGGAGAGCAUCAUUGACCGAGAGUGAUGCAUUUGCCUUUCUAAAGGCUGAUAAUGAAGAUUGUAUUAGCUAUUCUGGUUUCUGUGAAGCACUUAAACAGCUCAGUUUAACUGGUCAUUGCCACGGAUUAAAUGACGAAGAGAUAAAGGACUUGUGGCUCCAAGCAGAUGUAGAUGGAAAUGGUGUUCUUGAUUAUAAAGAAUUCCUGCAGCAAAUCUGGAAUUCGACAGCUCCAGAUCAGAGUGAUGACAACAAAAAUGGGGUGCAGGACAACGGUUUAAAUGAUUCACAAGAUCAAACAAUUGGUUUCAGUGUACAAAAUGCAGUUCUGUUUCCUCCAGAGGUGGAGACCGGUAGUUGGCCUGAAGACUACUCCCUUUCUGAUCAUGCACGGCUCACUGUAGUGUUCUCGCCAAUAAGAAUGCCAUGCUCCCAGUUGAUUUGCUAA